UGAACUGUCAGAUUAGCCGAUCAGACGGCGGAGUGCCGGCGGGGCGACUGUUUGCGUUAUUUGAGGUUAUAUUUUUAUUGUAAAAAAUAUUCGAUAAAUAAAUUACAGAGGAAUUAUAAGUUUGUUACAAUGAGGUUGUUAUUAUUAUCUGUCUUUAUUGGUGUUGUGAAUUGUCGAAUAGAUUACAGAAAAGGGCGCAAUAGUCCUUUUAGUAGUAAGUACACAAAAAGGUAUGAACCAAAUUGGGAAGAUUUGGACACUCGGCCACUGCCAGAAUGGUACGACAAAGCAAAAAUCGGUAUAUUCCUCCAUUGGGGCGUAUACUCCGUACCAGGUUACGGUUCCGAAUGGUUCUGGAGCAACUGGAAAGGUGGUUCUAAACCAAUAAUAGAAUUUAUGAAGAAAAAUUAUCCGCCAGAAUUCACUUAUCAGGAAUUCGCUCCUAUGUUCAAGGCAGAGUUCUUUGACCCUCAGAAUUUUGCCGACUUAUUUGUGAAAUCUGGAGCAAAGUACGUAGUCCUUACAAGCAAACACCACGAUGGUUUCACUCUAUUUCCAUCCAAACGUUCCUUUAGUUGGAACGCAGAGGAAGUUGGCCCAAAACGCGAUCUCGUCGGAGACUUAUCAACCAGCAUAAAAGCUAAAGGUUUGAAAUUCGGCGUUUACCAUUCAUUAUACGAAUGGUUCAACCCGAUUUAUGAAGAGGACAAGAAGACUAACUUCACUACCCGUACAUAUCCGGACACAAAAUUAUGGCCCGAUAUAAAACAGCUUGUAAACGAUUAUAAACCUUCAAUAAUUUGGUCUGAUGGUGACUGGGAGGCAUACGACACGUAUUGGAAUUCAACAGAUCUAUUAGCCUGGUUAUACAAUGACAGUCCAGUGAAAGAUGAAGUAGUGGUCAACGAUAGAUGGGGUAUUGAUAUACCGUGCAAACAUGGAGACUUCUACAAUUGCGCCGAUAGAUAUAAUCCUGGAAUAUUACAAAAUCAUAAAUGGGAAAACGCGUUUACGGUGGACUCAAUAUCUUGGGGGUACCGAAGGAAUAUGAAUUUAAAAGAGAUACUCUCAAUCAACCAACUGCUCAAAGAAGUCGUAUCUACAGUUAGCUGCGGAGGAAACGCCCUCAUUAACGUAGGUCCUACAAAGGAAGGCACAAUAGCUCCUAUAUUUGAAGAACGACUACUGGCACUCGGAGAAUGGUUGGAAAUAAAUGGAGAAGCUAUUUACUCCACAUCGCCUUGGCUCCACCAAAACGACACAUCCGUUGGUGAUGUUUGGUACACCUGCACCAAAAGCAAAUAUAAUGCAAAGCGACCAACGCAUAUACCCACAAGAUCAGACACUGUCACAGCCAUCUAUGCAAUAUUCCUUAAUUGGCCGGCUAAUAAUAUACUGACGCUUAGACACAUGGCUGCUUAUCUACACUCUGGUACCUUUAAAGUCAGGUUGCUAGGCAAUGAUGAAUUUCUAAAUUGGCGUAUAAGCUAUGGAGAAGCUCACAUCGUGUUACCAGAUAAAUCUACGGUAAAAUCUAACAACGCGUGGGUAUUGAAAUUUAUCCAAUCACAGUAACAUUACCAAUAACCUAGCUGUAUUAUUAUAUGUUAAAUAUUAAAAUGAUUAUAUUGUUAAACAAUA